AUGAAAAUAACAAACGGCAAUGAUAUUUAUGAAAAAUAUGAAAUCGAAUUAGUGACUACUAUUAUUGUGAAAUAUAAUUUUAAAAAUAUAGCUAUUCAGCUUCCUGACUGUAUGUUAAAUGAUGCUCUUUUCAUUUCGAGGUCCAUCCGCAGGAAGCAUGAGAAAUAUAAUGAGGAUGAAAGACGUGAGUUAGUUAGCAUGAACGGUAAUGGGGAAACGCGGCAAAUGGAAAAUGAUGGGGGCUCCAUUAACAGCAAUGGAAUAGGUGAAAAUGGUGUCAGUCAAGGGGGAAUAAGCGGCACGGGAGAGGCAAACCCGCCGAGCGGAGACCCAAUAAACCUGUACAUUUUGGGUGAUACUACAUUAAAUGAAUGCUGUGAGGACUAUGUAAGUGCUGACCAUGUUCAUGCAGAUUUUUUGGUUCACUACGGAAUUUCAUGUCAAUCGUUCAUUACACCUUAUACUCCAUCAGUAUAUAUAUUUAAUAAAAAAAAUAUAGAGGACACAUUUUUUGAAAACAUUAAUAAUUAUUUAAUGAGGAACAAAAUAUUUGAUGAAAAUAAAAUUUCCAUUAUCUUAUGUGAUGUAUCUUAUAUAAAUUAUAUGCAUGAACUGGUCAUAUGUUUUAUUGACAAGAGUAAAUUUGAUGACUCAAUAUUUUCCAGUUCGUUCGAGUUGAAUAAUAGCAAAGUAGUAUUUGAUGUGGAAGGCACAUUUUUCUUUGCCAAUAAUAGUUUUUAUAAAAAGAGCAUGCACCAAGGGAGAAGUAAGUAUAAAAUGGGAAAUGGUAACGCGACGAAUGAUGACAGAUUGAUUGUUAACGUAGCAGGACAAGAUAAAGAUAAAACAGACGAUGAUCUACUAUUCUGCAAUGUUAUAAUAUGCAUGCACAGAAUUGCAAACAAUAUAAAUGGAAAAGUGUAUUACGGUUUGUUCAAUAAUUAUGUAGCGUUUGAUAUGGAUGAGAAGAUCACUGAUAAAUAUGCAUUUCUCUGUGGACGAUUAUUAUUUAAAGUUUUUUAUCAUGUAAAGAGGAAAUGGUUUGUUUAUAAAAUAGUGCAUAGUAGUGAUAUAACGCCACAUGUUGAAGAGGGAUACUACAAUGAAAAUACAAACCUUUUUCUUUUUUCAUCAGAAAAUUUAAAUUUUAUAAAUAGAGCAACAGCAGAAUGUAGUUACAAUAUGGACAUAUAUAUGUACAGUGUAGAAGAUACAUUUAAAAAAGAAAAUAAUUACAUAAACAAAAUACUGCUAAGGAGAUAUAAUUUAAUAGAACAGAGUAAACAGAUAAAUGUAUUUGGAAUUAUAAUAGGGAAUGUAAAUUUAAAUUAUAUCAAAGAGUUAAAACAAAUAAUUAAUUAUAUAUUAAGAAAAAAUGGAAAAAAGUGCUUCACUAUUGUUACUAAUAAAUUAAAUAGUGCAAAAUUAGAAAAUUUUUCUGAUAUACAAAUGUAUAUAUUAUUAACCUGUCCUGAUCAUAAUUUUUUAGAGCUAAAAAAUUUUUCAAAAAAAAUUAUAAAUCCUUAUGAAUUUUUUAUUGCAUAUGAGUAUAUCCAAUGGCAAUGUAAAUAUGUCUUUGAUUUCCAUGAAUUACUAAAUAUAUCAUCCAUAAAAAAAGAAUUUCAAAACAUACACAAGAAUAAAUAUUAUCUGUGGAAUUUCGGUGAGGAUGAUACAUCAAUGAGUAUACAAAACAGCAUGAAUGAAGACAAUAGAAUGAAAGAAGGGAAUUUCGCUUUGGAAAAAUAUGAUCAUUUAAUUGAUUACUCCUUACCCAUUACAAUUGAAGACCAAAUGAAAUUUAUAACAACAUUUAAUGAAAAUUCUUCCAUGUGUAAAUAUUUUAUGGAGUCGUUAAAAGAAAACGAAAAAAGAGAAUACAAAGGGGUUGAUAUGAAUUACAACAUCGAUACUAUUCCUACCCUCGUUCAGGGACUCGACGGAAUAGCGCAACGAUACGACUCCGACGUUAAAUUUUGUUCAAAGAAUUGA